AUGAACCGGCAGAAGCAAGCCAGGGGGCGCGGUGGCUGGGGAGGCGUGCAAGAGCUGGAAAAGUGGCGCAAGUACCGCAGUGAAGAUCUAGAUGACGGACCAGCCUAUGAAAUGAUACAUGGAGAAGAAGAUAUCAAGGAUCAACAUGACAAAUCAUCUGGUGGGAAGAGAGCGUCUGUCCAUGAUGUGACGCCAAAGGGUCUCCAGUCUGGCGGUAGCAUAACCAAGCCUAGCUACAGGAAAGAGGAUGACAGGCGCUGGCGAGGCGACGAUGCCAAGGGCGAGAGACGAGAUGGCGAUAAGAAUAGCUCUAGGGCUGUAAGGCGAUAUGGGGAACGCAGUCGGAGCCCGAAGCGAGACGAGCUGCGUGACUACAGGCGGUACAGGGACGGUAGCAGGCAAGAUGCCAAGCACCGAGAUCGGCACCGUUCCAGCUGA